AUGCAUCGAUUGACGAUUAUGUGGCCUUAGUGCAGAAGUGCAUAUCACAAGGUUGUUACCAACUUCAUGCUUCAUAUUUUCACAGAAGUAAUUUGAUAAGAAUUAAUUUGAGAAAAUUUUUAUAAUUUCAUAAUUAUUUUUGAUUAAUAACUUUAAUUUUUACUUUGAAACACCAAAAUGAAAACUGAAACAAUUCUCAAUCCAGAAAAAUAUGGACGUGGACUGAAGGGCAUUUUGCGACAAGCUAUGCAUGAAAUACCAUUGAUUACAAUUUGCUCUCCAUUCUGCAUUGUCGGCUUAGGGUUGAUUAUGUAUCAUACUUAUAGAUAUGAACAGAAUGACGGAAAUAACAAGAAAUAUAAAUUGAAGUAUACUCUUUAUCGACCAGAUGACCCUAGAGUUCCACACAUCAAAAAUUGAAAAU